UUCAACGUGCGGUUUUAAUUUGUCUUGUCCAUAUGUCUAGAUUGGUAGAUUAUUUUGUAGUGGUAGGAUACGACUUUGACAAAGAAAAAAAUGGUAUGGGACUCGGCAAAAUUAUUCAGAAAUUUCCGCAAAAAGACUGGGAAGACACUCCUUUUAACGAUGGAAUUGAAUUGUUUUGUCAACCCAGAGGUUGGAGCCUAACACCCCACGAAUUGGGCAAAAAGGAUGUUCCAACAUUUUUUGUAUCAGUUUUGACAGAUAUGGAUGCUGAAAAACACUAUUGUGCUUGCCUUACUUUCUUGGAACCUUAUAACCUCCCUAAAGAUGAUAAUAUGGAAGCACUUCAGAAUGGAUCACCGGAUCGAAGAUCCCCGUUGUCGCAUCAACACAAAAAUUUAUCCAUCUCCACUAUUGCCUUAAAUACUCAAUCCUCAUUGAAUCUCACUGGCCCAUCCUAUUUGGCUCCUAAAUGCUUAGUCAUCGUAUCCCGUUUGCCUUUUUUCGAUACUUUUAGAAAUUGCCUGGGAAUUUUAUAUAUGGUCCAUCUAGAAAAUCAUAGCUGCCAAAGAGAAAAUUAUCUAGAAUUCUUGGUUGCCAAAUUAUUAAAUACAAUCAAAAUACCUAAAACAGGUGGAAAUCAAAUAACCUUUUCAUUGACAAAAAAUGAUUUGCAAAUCAUUCAACCUGCAUUGUCUCCAUCAUUACCUAUAAGCCAUUGUGCCGUCGCUACCUUAUUUAAACAAUUAGGCAUCUAUAACUCCAUCCUGUUGGUAAACGCGUGCUUAACCGAUCAUAAAAUCCUUAUGCAUUCUAUAAGCUACCAGCGUUUAACCGAUGCCUGCAACGCAUUAAGCUGUCUUCUCUUUCCUUUAAAAUACAACAACGUUUAUAUACCGAUAUUACCCGCUACCUUAAUCGAAGUCCUUAGUACGCCUACUCCUUUCUUGAUUGGCGUUCACUCCUCACUUUUAAACGACUCUAACGAAAUGUUCGACAUAAUAAUUGGCGAUUUGGACGCUGGUAACGUUAUCAUCCCUGACAAUGUCACUAUAUCAUUCAUGCCCAAAUUUAUUUACCAUAAUGCUAUCACUUCACUAUCAUUGAUUAUGAAUCCAGGUUUAGAAUAUGCCGAUCAAGCUUUUCCAAAGGAAUACUCCUCCCCAUCUCCUCCAUCACUAUUAGAUAAAGAAAUAAGGGCUAUAUUCUUGAGACUUUUCGCUCAAUUAUUUUACGGCUAUAGGUCAUGUUUGAUGCUUAGUAGGAUCGUUCCUCAUCCAUUUAUAACUUUUAAUAAAUUCAAGUUUAUGAAAUUCCGGAAUUUCAUAGGAAAUGAAUUUAUCAAUAAGCUCUUCGAUAGUAUGGCAUUCAACUUUUUUAUCACAGAGAGAGGACUUCCUUAUAGAACGACUGAUAUUUUUGACCAAGUUCAUGGCAAUAUUUACAAAAAUGAAAAAUAUAUCGGGGACGAAAUCCGUUAUUUAGCUCUUCAGCUUUCACAAAAUGAAUGUCUUAAUGCAUCUGUAACUCAAAAAGUUCCUAAACCCGGCCGACUCUUAUCAGACAGUCUUUAUGACCGCAAGGCUUUCCCGGUUCUUAGCGAGAAUUGCGUGUCUGAUUUUAUGCGAGAAAAUGAAGAAGAAUCAUCAAAUCUUCCUAUCCCAUCUUUUCCUACGAUUCUGAUGCAAAAAGUUCCCUUUGGCCCCGAUUUUAAUGCAGAAUUAUCGAUUAAUUAUACUCCGGAUGGUAACAACAUUAACGUUAAAAGGUUGAUAACAUUUAGAGCGUGCGUGGAUGAUAUCUUCAAAGAUAAAUUGGUUCAAGCUAGAAAGACUUUUUUGUCCGCUCUUCGCAUGCUAGGGAGCGUUAACGUGAGAAUCGUUCUGUGUUCUCAGUUGGUAUAUCAUUCUAAGAACAACAGUCGGAGUAUAUUAACUUUCCAACAAUUCGAUAUGGUUGUCGAGCUUAUGAACACCGCUUUAAACUACGAAUCCAUUAAUGAUGAAAAUGACGUUGCAGCUGCUAUUUUACCUUUAUCAUCCAUAUUUUGUCGGAAAUUGUGCACUGGUAUUCUGCAAUUCGCGUAUACAUGUUUGCAAGACCAUUUAGUUUGGACAAAUUUACAAUUUUGGGAGUAUGCAUUUUACAAUGAUGUUCAGAAACAGUUGAAGAAUCACUAUUCUUCCCUAAAGAAUUUCGACACUGUUGAUAAGAAUGGAUCAGAUUGCAAAAUUGUUUUGGAUAUUGCAGCGCAACACAUUAAAUUUUCCGAACAGGAAAGUCUAGCCUUGGGAUCUGAGGCUACCGACACCGAGGAGUCCAUUAUAUUUAGUUUGGCAAUUCAUCAUGUAAAUCAAAUGGUAUACAUGCGUCUCCCUUUGUUACCUUCUAUCUCUCGCCGGGUUCCUUCCGAAAAUUUAAUAAGUUUGAUAGGCGAUCAAGAACAGCGGCAAAUCGAACAUGACGAGUGGCAUGAUGGUGGAUAUCUACUGGUCAACGAUAACAUUACCACGAUCACCACAAGCUCGCCCAGCUUAAUGACAGCUAGCAUGAACGGUAGUCAAAGCCUUGAUAUAGAAAGCGGAUUUGAAGAAGGAGGCGUUAUUUCAUACAAGAACAGCGUUAGUGAUCACCACGAUAGCGCGCUCGAGUUAAAACGUUUUAUUCUCCGUUUCGUAGAUAAGGUGUGUGGACCCGACUUGGCCGUCAAGAAGGAACACAUCAAUGCCUUAUAUCAAAUGAUACCGGGCUUAAUUACUAUGCACUUAGAAACACUGGAAACGGUUCAACGUCAAAUUCUUACUUUAAACCCUACAACCAAGGUAAAAAUAACCUACCCUUUUCUACUCCUCGGAGAGAAGAUUAUUAUUAAAGAUGGUUUGAGAUCCUAUCUGAUGCCUUCUAGCUUGCAUGAUUCCGACAUAUAUGGAUAUUUGCCGGCUCAAGGCGCUUUCUUCAUUACCAAUUAUCGCAUAAUUUUUAAAGGCAUUCCCUGUGACACAAUGGUAUGCGAGUCAAAUAUCAUCGUUAGCUUUCCUGUCUCAUCCCUAGUAAAAAUUAAAAAGUUAGACUUUAAUCAUUACAACAUCAUAAAUAACCCCAAUAAAUUUGUUCUCAACCACCGCAAGGAGUCAAAUAACCAAGUUAAUCUGGGAAAUCACGGUAAAAUGUUCUACCAAGAUAUACGAUACGUAUUGCAGUUAAAAUCUUGCUCCUUUCAAGUAAUGAACAUUGCCUUUGAGAACGACAUUUGCUCAUCUCAGGAAAACAUUAUAGAAUGGCUUUGCAAAAUUCUGAAUACUCUUAGAUAUCCCGAAAAUAGGUCAUCUACUUUCGCAUUUAGUUGUUUAAAUCACGAAAACUCUCCAAAUUCCCAAAGUUUACGUUUGAAUAACGAUAAAAGGGAAAUUAAUUUUCCUGUUGUCCAAUUGGAUCUCAAUGGAAUAGAUGAUUUUCCCAAGAAAAACAAGGCCCAUACAUUGAAAAAUUUGGCCAAAAAAACUACCAAUUUUAUAUCUUCUUCCAAAAAAACUCUACUCCAUACUAAACGCAACUCUAUCCACAAUCCUUCCUCUUUCCUAGCUUCUCAAUCUCACGGUAGCAAAACUUUGCCUCCCCCCCUUGUCACAGCCAGAAAUAAUUUCAUCUCAAAUGACAAAGAAAAUAAAGAUAAUAAUGAAUCUAGCGGGGAUUCCAACAAAACUUCCCCAACAACCUCUAUAAAUAGCGACGUGAAAACUGGUUUAUCACCGGUAGACUCUCUUUCGCAUAAAUUCGAUGCUUUUAAAACUGAAAUAAACCUACCUUACUUAAAUGACUGCGAAAGAUUGGGCCUUAUCAAGUCCAUCAAUCAGAAGAUAGCAAAUAAUAAUUAUUCUGAAACGGAUAAAAACUUGGACGCUAGUAACAGAAGCGAGGUUACCUGUAACAACCAGGAAAAUAAUUUUAAGGUAUUCGAGACGAAUAUCUCCUUUCAACUUUGUUCCACAUAUCCCGCUUAUUUAGUAAUGCCUUCAUCCUUAACAAACGAAGAUUUGUAUAAAAUUUCGAAAGGAUAUAAGCAUAAUCGUUUCCCUGUCGUUUCAUGGAAAAAUCAUCAAAAUAGAGCUUUAUUGCUGAGAUCUGGCAGUUUUAGUUCCAACAAUCUAAUCAAGUUCUUCAAAAGUCAUAGUCAUCUCCCAUUAAAUUCCAUACAAAGCGCUCUCCACUCCUCCAAUAAGGUGAUUCACAAUGAGCCAAAUUUCAUGUUUGGGGAUCAGAGGAAAUACAUUCGAGCCUUAUUAGAUUCUAUCAAUGCUUCUAAAUGUAGCAAAUAUAAUAAAAGUACAGAAUCAAAAUACGAUCAAAACUAUGCACCAUCCUUGGUUUAUAACAUGAGGGGAUCGUAUGUCAGCAUAAAUUCGAUGCAAAUGGGACAUACGAGACUAGACGAAAAGAAGAAGUAUAAACCAUUUUACAGGGCAUUAAACAAUCUUAAGGGCCGUUCCGAUAAAUCCAUCAAUAACACGUCCAUGAGCGCUAGUCAAUGUAACAACUUUUCUCCCGUUCUUACUCGUCGUACUUAUAAUAUGGAUAACAAUCACAGGCCGCACUUGAUUUAUAUAGUAGGGGAGAAAUUUCAAAUAAAAAAUCUUAAGCUGGAAUCUCAACUUCCCGCCAAUGAAUUUAAGUUCAUCCCAUUUCAAUACGAAGGUAUUAGGAAUGUUAAAGCUAGUUUUAAAAAAUUAAUGGAAGCUUGCUUGGCCAGCGAAUCAUUUCUCGACCAAAAUCAUCUAAACUCUAAUCAAGAACCGAAUAGCGAUUUUAAACUCGUCAACGAUAAAACUAUCUCUCGCUCCUACAAUAGCCUUCUCGCAAAUCCCAUCUUAAAUGAUGACGAUGCAUCUUUGUCAAAUUCUUCUAAAAUCAAAGGUUUAAAUUAUAUUGACGCGUACACAAAAAAAUUGUUAAUCAACAAUCUUCGACCAAUUAAAACACAAACAAUCAAUUCUUCCAAAUACAACUAUAUUAAGCCUGGUUCGCACAGAAAAUUUCUUUCAGGAAUCGAGGCUUCAGGGUGGUUCCGACAGCUCUACAAUAUUAUCAGGAUCUCUAACAUAAUAGUUGAAAUUUUGAAUGAUAUAGGAUCGUCUGUCAUUGUAGGUCUAGAAGAUGGCUCAGACAUUACCUCUCAAAUAGUAUCCGUAGUUCAAAUAAUGAUGGAUCCUUAUUACCGAACCUUUAACGGAUUUCAAGUCUUGGUCGAAAAAGAAUGGGGCGCAUUUGGUCAUAAAUUUGAUCGUAGGAAUGUCACUCAGUCUUCCAAUUCGCAAAACGAUGGAUAUGUUCCCAUAUUUUUACAAUUUUUGGACUUGAUUCAUCAAAUCAUGAAUAAAUACACCACCCAUUUCGAAUUCAACCAUUUUUAUCUCCGCUACCUGGCAUACCACAGUUCUUCAAAAAGGUAUAUUGAUUUCGUGUCCAAUUUCCAAAAAGAUAAGUUAGAUGUCUGGAGAGACUUUAAUUUCAAUCUCAGCUCCAAAGCAGCCAUUAUUAGUAAAACUAGUGCAGUCGAGGAAAAUAAUAAAACCAAAGGCGAUAUGGAAGAUGGGCUAUGCUUCCAUAUUUGGACAUCUGUUUCCAAAUUAAAUCGCUGUCAUCCUACCCUCUUUCGUAAUUUUUUAUACAACCGCUCGUCUUUUAGGCCAUCUAAAUACAGGGACGAAACCGUCGGCGAAUUGACACCAGGUUGUGACGAUAAAUUCAACUACGAAAUAUUGAGACCCGUUUUUUUAAGUCACGCGGAUUUAAAGGUUUGGUCUUUUUAUACGCACAAUAAUACCCUGGCCCAUGGAAGCCCUUAUGAUAGAGAACUUAUUUUCCAGGAACUCAACGAUUACGAAUACGAUACUAUUAAAGAUGACCCUAAUAAAGACCCUUAUCAAAGUUUUGUUCUCAAUUCUCUAUACCAAACCUCUGAAGAUUAUCUGCCGACCAUAUUCACUUAUUUAUUAAGGAAAAUAAGUCGUUUAGAGACCACUUGCAACCAACUGCGAUGUCAACUUUCAAAUAGAUCGAACGAUCUCAUCAAUUUUACCAGUCCCUUCAAUUAUUUUGAUAAGGAUUUAACCUGUUUCGUCGACUCCUUAUCCAUUGAUACUAAUGGUUAUGCUGCUAAAAGUACUUCCUCAAAAACUGGUUGGGAUCUCAUCAGAGCUCUGACACAAGGUAUACUUUAUCAGGACCUUAAGUACCCGUUAGGUGGCUUCAUUCAACCUUUCAUAGCCUACACUCAACAUAAUUUUUGCGAGGAAGAAAGUUCACUAUACAUUCAAACACACGUAUUUGUUAAGUGCAAAUUUAAUACACCUACAUAUUGCGAUUCUUGCUCAGAACUUUUGUGGGGAGUUAUUAAGACAGGUUUUCAAUGCAAAUAUUGCGCUUACAAAUGUCACGAAAAAUGUAAAAAUUCAAUUCUACUCAUUAAAACUCAUUGUCCACGCGUUUCCGAUAGUUCUUCUUUAUCUGCAAUAACCAAAUCUAUGCAAGAUAGAACUUUAGAAGGCAAUAUUAACAACACUCACGCUGAUUCACACCUUUCAGAGUCCUUUGAAAAUAAUACAUCUUAUGAAAAAUCGGAUGGCGAUAAACCGGAAACAAAAUUUGUCGAUUUGAAGGACAUUUUAAAGCACCUAGAAGACCACAAAAUAGAAGAAGAUACUGAUGAUAUAUUCUUGAGUAUUCACACAAAAUCCCCUUACACGGGGAGUUUAGUGGAUAAAAGCGAUACAUCCUCCAUAAACACCUCUGGUAUAAGCACUCUUAGCACCAGGGCUGGAAUUACGUGCAACGAGUCACACAAUAACAAUCCUCAUUUAUCGACCUUUAAAAAUUUUAAUAAUUACAAUAAUAAAUUAUCGGAGGAUUUUAAUGCGACAGAUGAUACAGGUCAUGUAAGUCAAGCGACUAUAUCCUUCACCACUUACCAGGGGUAUUUAUACAAGAAAUGUGGUUCAUUAGUCAAAGGUUGGAAACAACGCUGGUUUGUUUUAGACGCUGUUGCUUAUCAGUUGAGAUAUUACGAUAGUUAUCAAGACAGGUGCUGCAAGGGUAUCAUUUCAUUAAAAGAAAUUGUCUCGGUGUCUCCUUCCAAUUAUUCUCAAUGUAUAAAUACUCAUAGGGUUAUGGAUGAUAAUUGUGUUGGGAAUGCAAAAUCCUAUUUUGACCUCAAGACUACGAAAAGAUUGUACACAUUUUUGGCAUCUGAUGAAUAUUCAGCCAAAGAAUGGAUUCAACAAAUAUUAAAUUGUCUAUAAAAAAAAUUUAAAGCUAUAUAAGUUUUAAUUAGGUGCAUAUAUACUUUAUAAUGAAUACUUUUAUAAAUUUAAUAUAUUAACAUUUGUAAUAAUAUAGUGUGAAUUGUUUGUACUAUAGGCU